AUGGCUUCUCUUUUCCGUCAAAUAUCCAAAUCCCAGUUUCGAUAUUUACUAUCUGCUAAUAAAAAUGGAAUAUGUUUAUCGACCUCCCUCUCCAAUCGUAUCAACCCAAAUCUUCUCGGACCACCAUUACAAGUGAGAUCAUUUGUCACGGCCCUGGAAAAUGUAGUUGGAUUCAAUGAAAUGGUCUCCGGGUCCCAAAGAAAAUAUUACAUGUUGGGAGGGAAAGGAGGUGUGGGGAAAACAAGCUGUGCCGCAUCACUUGCUGUGAAAUUCGCAAACCACGGUCAACCGACUAUUGUGGUCUCGACCGACCCUGCUCACUCGUUAAGCGAUUCUUUUGAUCAAGAUUUGAGUGGAGGGAUGCUUGUUCCUUUACAAGGUGUGGAUUCUCCACUUUAUGCACUAGAGGUAAGCCCUGAGAAAGCAAGGGAAGAAUUUCGAUCGGCAAGUCUGCAAGGUGAAGGAGGUGUUAAAAGCUUCAUGGAUGGCAUGGGCCUUGGGAUGCUUGCUGACCAGCAGUUGGGAGAACUCAAGCUUGCAGAGUUGUUGGAUACUCCUCCGCCUGGUCUAGAUGAAGCUAUAGCAAUUUCAAAGGCAUCUGCAAUAAACUGCUUUGUUAUGCAAUUUGUGGAGUCACAAGAGUUAAGUAGAUUUAGCCGCAUUGUGUUUGAUACAGCUCCCACGGGUCACACUCUUCGACUGCUGUCACUGCCAGAUUUCCUGGAUUCUUCUAUCGGCAAGAUGAUGAAGCUCAAGAAGAAGAUAGCUUCAGCAACUUCAGCCAUAAAGUCGGCUUUUGGAAAAGGAGAGCCACAACAAGAUAACAGUGACAAGCUAGAGCAGCUAAGGGAAAGGAUGGCAAAAGUGCGAGAUCUUUUCCGUGACACGAGGACUACAGAAUUUGUUAUAGUAACAAUUCCCACGAUGAUGGCACUAAGGGAGUCCUCAAGACUCUGUGCAUCCUUGAGGAAAGAAAAAGUUCCAGUUCAAAAACUUAUAGUGAAUCAGCUGCUACCUCCAUCCACAUCUGGUUGCAAAUUUUGUGAAAUGAAAAGAAAGGACCAAAUGCGUGCUCUUGAUAUGAUUCAGAAAGAUACGGAGUUAUCAACACUGAAAAUGAUAGAGUCGCGGUUGAUUGAUGUGGAAAUUAGGGGUGUGCCAGCUCUCAAAUUUAUGGGGGAUAUUGUUUGGAGAUGA